AAUUGUCAUAGACUCUAAUUCCCCGGUGAUCAAUGGACUUUUGGAACACAUGAAGAGACCCACAGCGACUAGAGAGAAACAGAGUACGUGUAAAUAGAUUAGAUUAUAAUUAUUUAAGUUAAUUUAAUAAAAUACGCGUGUUUUGUUAUAUAGUUGUGUAUGAAAAUAUGAUCAGUUGUUCCGCAAUUUAAGUAAAAUAUAAAAUUAUAUAUUUUUAAAUUGGUAACUAAUGGCGAGAAUAAAAGCUUUUAUAUUCGUCCUAAUUUUAAAUACUUUUAUUACGAAUAUUUUGUGUGAAGAGAAUCAUGUCCAUGACCAAGAUUUUAGUGAUGAAGAACAAAAAGCCUCGUAUACAAGCCCCGUUGUAUCGGGAUUCGCUUAUUUAGCUGAAAGUUUUGAUGAUAAUGAAAGAUUUAAAACUGUUUGGAUUAAAUCUGAAGCUAAAAAAGAUUCAACAGACGAAGACAUCGCCAAAUAUGACGGUGUUUGGUCAUUAGAAGAGUCUAUCAGAAAUCAACAAGAUGGUGACUUAGGUUUAGUAUUGAAAAGCAAAGCUAGACAUGCAGCGAUUUCAGCUUUACUUAACAAGCCAUUUAAAUUUGAUGAUAAACCUCUGGUUGUUCAGUACGAAGUUAAUUUCCAAGAAGGUCAAGAAUGCGGCGGAGCAUAUUUGAAAUUACUAACCCAGGACCCAGCGCAUGCGGAUCUUAAGAAAUUUAAUGAUAAGACACCUUACACUAUCAUGUUUGGACCCGAUAAAUGUGGCAACGAUCACAAGCUUCAUUUUAUUUUCCGGCAUAAGAACCCUGUAAAUGGAACUAUCGAAGAGAAGCACUGCAAGAAACCUAAGGAACGAUUAGAAGAUUACUUCAAGGACAAAAUUCCCCAUCUUUACACUUUGAUAAUAAGGCCAGACAAUUCAUUUGUCAUUAAAGUUGACAACAAAAUAGUAAACGACGGUUCGCUGCUCGACGAUUUCACCCCGCCAGUAAAUCCGCCCCUAGAAAUCGAAGAUCCGAAUGAAACACGACCGGAAGACUGGGACGAGCGGGAAAAAAUUCCCGACCCAACGGCAGUGAAACCUGAAGACUGGGAUGAAGAUGCACCCGUUCAAAUUGUCGACGAGGAUGACGUUAUGCCAGAGGGUUGGCUCGAGGAUGAACCACCGACUAUUCCAAAUCCCGAUGCCGUGAAACCCGAAGACUGGGACGUAGAGAUGGACGGUGAGUGGGAUCCACCAGAAAUCGUAAAUCCAAAGUGCGAAGGCGCCCCUGGCUGUGGUCCGUACAAACAAAAGAUGAAGAAAAAUCCACGAUACAAGGGUAAAUGGCUGGCACCGCUCAUUGAUAAUCCUAAUUACAAAGGUAAAUGGAAACCAAGACUCAUCCACAAUCCGGAUUAUUUCAAUGACGAUCAUCCUUUCCGGAUGUCUCCAAUUCACGCAAUUGGGUUCGAGCUCUGGUCAAUGUCUCCAGACAUUUAUUUCGACAACUUAAUUAUCACCGAUGACGAAGACGUGGCUAAGCAGUGGGCCGACGACACUUUCGAAAUUCAUCGCAAGAAAAUAGCUCAGGAAAGUGUAACAUUGUGGGGUCGAUUGAUGCGGUCAAUGAAUCAUAAACCCGGUUGGUGGGCUGCCUAUUUUAUCUACUGUUCUAUACCCAUAACUAUAUACGUGUGGUACCUCUGCAAAAGGGCCAAGGAGGACAAAGACGACAGGCAAGACGAUAAGGAAUCUCUUAAUGCCAAUGAAGAAGACUUUAAUGAUCAAGCAGACGUUGCUGAGGAAGAUGUGCAGCAAGAAUCUGCUAAUUUACCAGAUGCCGAUGAUGCCGGCAAUGCUAGUGAGACUGAAGAAGUUGAUGAUAAUGAUAAGGACGAACACACUGGUGACGGCGAUGGACCUCGUCGAAGAAAAGAAACUAAAGAAUAAUAAAAAUUGAACGUAAUUUAAAAUUUAUAAGCAAAAAAAACGUAAAAGAUGUUAACUUAAUUACCAUCGAAUUUUGUUAUGUAUAUUCACAUUCCACAGUUCACGGAUAAUUGGAUAAAUAAAAUUACGCGACAUUGUUUAAGUAAUAA